GCUAUUUGAACGCCUUCAUUUCGUUCUUCACUGCCUCUGUAAUCUCUAUCCCCCCCUCCCCCCUCCGCCGAAGCUCCUCGACGAUUAGCGAUGGUUUUUGUCAAAGCCCAGAAGUCAAGAUCCUACUUCAAGAGGUUUCAAGUUAAAUUCAAACGAAGGAGAGAGGGAAAGACAGAUUACCGUGCUAGGAUCCGUCUGAUUAAUCAGGACAAAAACAAGUACAACACCCCAAAAUAUCGAUAUGUUGUGCGAUUUACCAACAAGGAUAUAGUUGCACAAAUCAUAUCUGCAAGCAUUGCUGGGGAUAUGAUUCUUGCAUCAGCUUAUGCUCAUGAGCUUCCCCAGUAUGGUCUCAAAGUUGGGCUUACAAACUAUGCAGCAGCUUAUUGUACGGGGCUUCUGUUGGCUCGUCGAGUUUUGAAAAAGCUUGAAAUGGAUGAGGAGUAUGAAGGAAAUGUUGAGGCAACUGGAGAAGAUUUUUCUGUUGAACCUGCAGAUAGCAGGAGGCCAUUCCGUGCUCUUCUUGAUGUUGGUCUUAUCCGAACAACCACUGGCAACCGUGUUUUUGGUGCCCUUAAGGGAGCCUUGGAUGGUGGACUUGACAUCCCUCACAGUGAAAAGAGGUUUGCUGGUUUUAGCAAGGACGGUAAGAGCCUUGAUGCUGAUGUUCAUCGCAAGUACAUCUAUGGAGGGCAUGUUGCUGCCUACAUGAAUACUUUGAUGGAAGACGAACCAGAGAAGUACCAGACCCACUUCUCCGAUUACAUCAAGGCUGGUGUUGAACCAGAUACCAUUGAAGAACUUUACAAAAAGGUUCAUGCCGCUAUUCGUGCUGAUCCUAACCCCAAGAAAACUGAAAAGCAGCCACCUAAAGAACACAAGAGAUACAACCUCAAGAAGCUUACCUACGAUGAGAGGAAGCAAAAGCUUAUUGAGAGGUUAAAUGCGUUGAAUGCUGCUGCUGGGGGAAAUGAUGAUUCAGAUGAAGAGGAUGACGAGUGAGAAUCGAAUUGAAUGGAAUCGAGACAUGUUGGCAUUUUGGUAUGUUUAGGUCAAAGCGACUAAAAGCUUGUUUUGUUCUAAUUUUUGUUUAGAAUCAGAUACCAGUUCCAUCUUGAGGAAUGUUAAGUGUAAUGCUGAACUUGUUUUAUUUGUUUUGAAAUUGUGGUAGUUUUUUGUUCAAGACUUGUUUUUGGUGUUCAUUUUAUUGAAUAUUUUCAAUAUCGCU